AUGACUCACCUGAGGGCUGCCGUUGCGGCCGUGGCGGCCUUCUGCGUGGCCAGUGUUGCCUACGAGGCCUUCGUGGCGCCAACCGCGCGCCCGGCGCCGCUUGCGGCUCCCAAGGCCGCGGCAGCCGCAGCACCGUCGGCUGAGGCAGCUGGUUGGGGACUGGCAGUGGCAGGCCUUGCCGUCGGAGCCCAUGCCGGGCUUGCAGUGGCCUUCCGCGCCCGUGCCGCACGCCAAGCAGAGACGAAGCCGGCAGAGAAGUCGAAGUACGUAGAGACCGUCGCCGACGAGCGGCUCUUCGAGCAGGUCUACCUGCAGUACACGUCUGAGUACCUGAAGGGGCCUCUGUACUGGCACCCGGACAAGCUGCAGGGAUGGCUCCCGGACUACCCAGGCACCCCGAUGAUCAAGGAGGGCAAGUACACCAGCCACGUCAUCGGCAACCUGAAGGCCUUCAGCUCCAACGAGCUCGCCUUCCUGUCCAUGCUCUUCUUCGGAGUCGGCCUCUAUGGCAACCUCCAGUUCAACUUCUACGACCCCCAGUGGGCCAAGGUGGAUGCUGGCGGCUUCUUCAACGUGUCGUACAUCGUGGAGUCCUUCCUGCUGCCCAUCUCCUUCUUCAUGCACAUCGCCUGCUACAUCCAGAGGCAGAAUGGAAAGUGA